GUUUUCGACCAGCUGUAACGCGGAAUCAAAACAGAAGCGGAACAGGAGACGAAGCUGCGGCCCUGUAAUGCUGAACCUGAGACCGGGGGCAUUUACACAUCUGUCUGCAGCUGGAACUCAGCUGGAGCUUAGACAGACUUUUCUGCACACAUUUAUUCAUUGAGCGCAUUUAGAAAUAGUGUGUCUCAGUGACUGAGGUAUUUUUUUUUUAAGCACUUCAGUUGAUGCUCUAAGCCUUGGUCAAGUGAUGGCAGAAGGAGGAUUCGACCCCUGCGAAUGCAUCUGCUCUCAUGAGCAUGCCAUGAGGAGGCUCAUCAACCUGCUGAGGCAGUCGCAAUCCUACUGCACAGAUACAGAGUGCCUUCAGGAAUUGCCAGGACCAAGUUCUCCAACAGGGGGCGACCUGACUCUUCCAAUGAUUAUUAUGGGCUGGAUAGUGGUGGCACUGGUACUCUUCUUACUUCGUCCUGCCAACAUGAGAAGACCCAGGACCUCCAACAAACCCACCAGCCCUUUUACUAACAAUGGCAGAGAACCUCCAGCACCUCCAGUAGACUAGCAACGAACUGGGUGUCUCCUGACUUCAUACUACGACAAAGACCUUUUACCUGAACUUUCAGUCUUCCAUCUAAUCGGCUACUUUUACUUACUCUCUCUGUUAGGAGUGAUUAAUAUUUUUUUCAUUCUGCAUAUUUUCUCAUCUAAGGGUUUUUAAACAUGAAACGACACGGCGCCAAAGCAGCCAAAGACUUUAAAGUCCGGUCCAGUUUCACGUUAAAAACAUUCACAUUCUCUGUGGUGGUGUGUUAAUCAGACUAUAGCGUAUGACACCAUGACCAAACCCAAAUACUCAUGAUUCACAGUAAGGUGGCCUGUAAUGAUGUAGAUGGAUUCCUUCAUUCAGGGUGGAGGUUGUUUUGCAUUCUACACGAGCCGUACCAUUUCGAAUGCUUAUGUCAUUCAAUGAUGUCAUUGAUGAGGUCAGAACCCGAGGCCGUGGCUCUUGUGAUAUGAUGUAUGAUUCGCACAUCUCGUUCGCGUAGACCACUUAACGCACCGGUCGGGCCGCAUUUUAUCCUAAUUUUAGUUUCUGUGAUUACAAUAAGCUGUAGGUGUGUAGGCGUGUAGGUGUGGUAGAAGUUGCAGAUCUGCCGACUGUCUGGGGGUCGUUAAGGUCUUAUUCGGGACCAGACACAAUUUACCGGAUGUAAUAAUGUAAUGCUAUUUCGACUACAGAGCCAGUCUGGGUCCCAUGCGACCCAUUUUCAAAGUAUGUCAAGAACCGAUUUCACGAGGUUGUAUCAAAAACUUUUGAGACUGGCUCUGUUUACAAGAAAGUACGUUAUUUAUCCACGUUUACACACAAUCACCUUCAAAAUAAUCUCCUUGCACAGCAGUACAGUGCUCCCAGUGUUCCUGCAACUUCUGGAAUGUGUCCUGGAAGUCUCCUUUUGAAGCGUGUCAAGCAUCUUCUGCAAUUGGCGCUGGAUGUCUGCAAUGUUGUCAAAACGGCGACCUUUAAGCUGUGUCUUUGGGAAGAGGGCGAAGUCCACAGGAGCUAAAUCUGGCGAGUAGGGUGGGUGUGGAAGUGAGAUUAUGAUUUUUCGGCAAGAUACUCACAUGAAGAGAGCUCGGUGACAACAAGUGGUCAGAAUAUAACACCAGGUGUACAGCUCCCAAUGAAUUGAACAAUGUUUUUUGACACUGAUUUAUGAAGGUCGGUGCUCCCUGUGACUGCGUGUACACCCUUGUGCUGCCAUCUGUUGGCGUGUUACAAAACUAGACUCAACUUUUUGAUACCAUCUUGUAUGAUGAUUUGUCUUUUCAUUGGCCAUCAAGUGUCACAUUAAUAGCUCCUAAACUUUAAGAUACAAAUGUAAUUUUUCUCCACAUGACCAAUUAUAACUAAUACUGAAUAUAACAAUAUACGGUUAUAAUAUAUUAGACAUUGCAAUAUUUGGUUAUGGCCUAUUUCUAUUUUAAAUCUUUUAAGCUGUCACUUUACACUAAAGGACCUUUGACUCUGUGUUUCAAAAGUGUGUAGCAUCAGUUAAUGAAAGUCUGUAGCUUCUAUUAAUUAGGGUUUUGGAGACUUGGCGUUCGAGUCCUGCUCACUGCAUUAUCAUAGUUCAUAUCAUUUCCACGUGGGUUUACACGUAGAUGCACACAAUCUCUCAAACAUGAAUUGGGGUGGUGGGAAUUAGGGGUUUGUGUAAACGAUUCUCAAUGAGUAGUUUUGCUGUGGUUAUAAAAUUUGUUGAGAGAAAGGGCUUCCACUAUGCACUUUUACUUUGUUCCUGAAGUACACAGUUAAUAAAAUCUGUACACUAUA